CGCUGCCACAUACGACCGAUCACUCAAGUAUCGACAUCCGGUCAUUGUCUGAGAGAUGGUGUUGGAGUUGCAUGUAUGGGGUCCAGCAUUUGAUCUGCCGUCUAUCGAUGGCCAGUGUUUGGCCACCAUCUACUAUUUGCGAAAAGUUCUUGGGGCUCCCGGGAAAGCCUGGGUUCUGGUCCAGUCUGGCGAGCCUAGAGUGAGUCCAUUCAGGGAACUACCGGUUCUCAAACACGAAGAAACAUGGGUGGCAGGCUUCGGCAACAUAGUGUCAUACCUCAGAGAUGUGUCAGAGGGACGGUGGGAUCUUGACCAACGCCUGAGCGAUACCCAACGAGCAGAUUGUGCGGCAUUUUCCUCCUUUGUCGAAUCCCGCGGGCAACCUCUCCUCGAUUUAAGCCUCUACGUAAGCAGCGACAACUAUUUCAAUACCACAAGACCAGCUCUCGCACAGAUACUGCCAUGGCCAAACAGUUGGGUAUUACCACACCAAUUGCGAGAACGUGCUAAGAAGAGGUCCGAUCAUCUCGGGUUGAGCAGUCUUGAUUUGGACAAUGCGCAAGAAGAUCAAAAGGAGGACGCAGGCCUGGCAGCACAUAUUCCCAAGUCAUUACGGAAACCUAAGCAGACCGUUACUUCGCUGUUGGGACGCAGCACGCAGAGAAACAAGUUUCGACUCGAUGCCGUCACAGCAGAAUUCCUCGAGCCUCUGGCGGAAAUGCUCGGUGACAAAGAAUUCCUCCUUGCGGGACAGGAAAGCAGCCUGGACUGUCUGAUAUUGGGAUAUUUGGCUUUGAUGCAAAGACCUCGAAUGCCUCAGGCUUGGAUCAGAGACACCUUGCGGACCAAGCAUGCAAGCCUAGGACGAUGGGCAGAAGAUCACAUCCAUCAGGUGUUUGGAGAAUCUGCCCUGGAAAGCACGUCGGUGUCGCACAGGCAAAAAGACCGGAGUAUUGUUCAGGUGGUGCAGUCGAUCGUCGAGGUAUUCAUUGGCUCGAUGCCCGUCAUUGGAGGUGGUUAUACAGUGUCGGAAAUCAGUCCCGGAGACGAGAAAGGCCUUGCGAGGUAUAAGCAGAAGCAAGUCAGAUUGGCGAAACUUCAGCGCAGAAGAGACAUGUAUGUACAGAUGCUCGCCUCGACCAUUGCAACCACAGGUUUGGUGGGAUGGCUUUGGUACAAGGGAGUGAUGCUGGUUCCUCACAGAGCCCCGAAAGGACGCAGUUUUGGGCCGGCCGGAUCUUUGUUCGGACUCACCUGAGCUGUGUGAGUGUCACAAUUGUAGGCUGUAUGAGUAGUAAUCAUCAUGUAUAUAUACUGCCGGACGCUGCAUUCCUUGUCCUGCAUGUUAUACAUAUAAUUCUGGCGUACAUGAUGGCCAAUAUCACCAUCAAUUGUCCAUAGGCUAAUCGUGAAUGGAUGUAACAGAAAGUUCA